AUUCAUUCUUUGCAUAAAAACAAACGAGGUAUUAGUUGAGUUGGAAAUCAGGUGGUGAAACUUUUGGGUUCGUAGCCAUGCUAACGUGGAAGUGAAGAUUCUAAACCGUGCUAAGGUGGAACCAAACGUGUCAGAUCCCUGCAAUUUAUAGCAUCUGGUUUGUGCAGAAUUUGGCGCAUCGAAAAUCCGGGUGUGAACACUCUUGUACUCUCUUUCAUUAUUGUAAUAAGAAAAAAACAAUUGUAACACUUUUGAAAUGUAUGAAUUAAAUAUCGAUAGUUAUCGAUCAACCAUUAAACUCAAUGAUAACCACAGACAACUUCGCGAUGGUGUGCUAUUGAAGAAAUGGCGGAUUGUUUUUACGUGGGGGGAGUUGUAAAAAUCUGAGCGCGAGACAUGUGGAUGUUGUGACGAUUCUCAAAGGAGUAAGGAAUUAAAGAGAUUUUCCGGCAUGAACGACCCUUACUGGGAACCAUUGGCCAACGUCUACAUCGGGGAACAGACAGAGUUCUCUGACCCUGUUAAUUACAUUUAUUGUCUUUGCAGCAGAAUAUUUAUUCGAAAUCCAGAAAUAUAUUCUGUCGUUGCUUUAGAAGAUGCAAGUGCAGGUGAAGAUGUUGAGGCUGAUUGUGUUGGGGAAAUGUUACAUCUUCAUAAAAGGUCUACUAUAGAAGCACAAUCCAUUGAGAAGCAUGAUGAAGAACCAGUGAGCUGUUACUGCAGUGCAUCACACACGGACAACAAUUAUUCCACAGAUGAACAUGACUCCGUUCGUGACUCUGCUCAUCGUCCUGCCACGCAUUCCCUUACUCACAAAUUAGGAUUGCAUCAAUCAGAUUCUGGGGCAGACCUAUCUGAAUAUCAUGAUCAACAUGAGGCCAAAAGUAUACAAAACCUUUUGGCAUCUUAUGGAAAGACUUUUCAAACUACAGAGACUGAACUGGAAGAUGGAUUUGAGAAAGUGAAUGUAUUACCAGAGACUCGGGAAGUCAAGCAUAUAGAAUUCGAAUCCGAAUUAACAGACAUUCACUCAUCGGAUCAUCAUCUUGCAGAAAACAUUAAAGUUUUAAGUAUUAAUCCCUCCAAUUGUACCGAAAAGAAAUUUCAUAUAAAAAGCCCAUCAUUUAUUUUGGGAGAUCAUGAUUCAGAAAUACAAAACACUUCGAAAAAUGAUGCACAGACUUAUAGCAAAAAUGUUUCAAAUACGUUCAGUGAUAAUUCUCAAGCUUAUCCGUAUUCUAUGUAUCAACAAAAUAAGAGUUCAAUGGACAUUGCAUGGGAUAAGUAUUGGUCGGAGAAUGGUGAACAAUUAAUUUGGUCGUCAUGGAUCGGAAAAUAUGCAGAUUAUAUAAAUCCAGAAUACUUGCAACAAAGUGCUCACUUAAUAGGAGAUGAGAGAGUAGAAACGAAAGAGACUAUAGAAAAGUAUUCGGAACAGAACACAUGUUUUCCUAGUCAAGCGCACAGAAAUUGCGAACUUGGACGCUCAAAUUUUGAAGGAAUAUUUAGCAAACAUAAUAGUACAGACAGUAACGAAAUUAAAGCGAAGGAUACGUACAGCGUUAAUUUUUCAUUCGACGAUCUGAACAAGCAGGAGAUCAAUGAUAGAGAUGCGGAAGAAAAUAGGAGAAGAAUAACAAGUCUUGAAACUCCGCCUGAAACUGGAGAAGGCUGGAAUCCGUUGAGUCCGUUUAGUUUAGAAGAAAGCUACAAUCAACAGUCCAACGCAGAAAACGAAAGACUUUUAACGAGAUGCGAUUCUAUUAACGAGUCGAUAGCUAAGACGAACGCAACAUCAGAUUCUAUGACCAAUGUUACAAAAAUGACCCUUACUAGUUCUAGCUGCGACUCUAUCUCUAUGCAUUCAUCUAGUCUCAUCAGUUCUGUAACUAGUUCCAUUGAAAGCAAUAUAACGAGCACUAGUUCCGAGCAGGAUCAUGAAUAUACACCAGAAGACAAUGAUAGGUACUGGCAACAUUUGUGGAAGGAAAAUUUUCAAAUAGAGUACCACAAACACUAUGAAUUAUUCAUAGCAAUUUAUAAAACGGAACAUUCUAAUCCAAGUGUCGACUGUUUUUGCGAACAGCACAAGAAUGUAGAAAGCGAUGGGAGUGUGGAUCAGGAUUUGACGGAAACAGAUACAAUUAAUAAAAUUAAUGUGUCUAACAAGAAUUUUACGUAUUGCAAACGAGAAAAGACAAGAAAGAAAAGAUUAAUUAUGGAGUCUGUAGGAAUAUUCGUACAAAAUUUGAUAACCAAAUCGGAUGACAGUGAUGGCAAAGAACGUAAAAAUAAAGAAGGCAAUAAGAACGUAAGCUCUUCUGGAGAUAAAAAAAAUGAUCAGUCUGCGGUUACACAAAACGAUAAUAGUGCAAUUAUUCGUAAUCACGGUGAUAGCAAUAAUAGUAUUAAACGAAAUUAUUCUAACGAAGGAGAUGGCGAUAAGCCCCACGAAGAUAAACCUGUAACCUUGAAAAGAAGCCAUGAGAUUGACUGUGAUGAUGGAGAGGAACGUUUAGAGACAGUGAAGAAGGCAUUUUCAUUAAUGGGUUAUGCUUUCAACGAAAACCACAAGGAAUUAAAAUUACAAGGGGAAGUAGUUUAUAGAAAGAAAAAUAUUAGAUCACAAAAUAGGCAAUUGAAAAUGAAGUUUUAUGGGCCCAAGUAUACAAACAAGCAUAUUUACUUUGACGAUAACGGAAUGGAAAUCACUAAUACUAUAGAUAAAGUAAAACAUUAUUUAUCGUAUUGUCCAGCUUUGUCAUCGUCAGAAACAGAUUUACAGCCUCCUGAAGAUGGUUCCUAUAAAGCACAAUUCACAUCAAGUUCUGAUGAAGAGUGCAAUCCUAGUCUUAAUACAAAGCUGCAGACGAGACGACUUGUAUUUAGUAAACCGAGCACAAGUUCGAUAGAAUCAGGAGCAGAUAAAAGACAGAUUGACGAUGCGAGUGACUCGUGGAACGUAUCUGACAAACAAGAUGAUGUUUUUAAAAGUAUCGAAGAGGAUAACAAUGUAUAUUUUGACCAAGAUGAAAGCAUUUCUGCUAAAUGUACAUUAGAAAACCAGACCGCAAAAGAUUAUGAAAAAGUCGAUCCAGCAAACGUUAACAUGGAUGUAGAUGAAAAAUGUAAUCACAACGAAAUACAGACUAUGGAAUUGUCCGAUGAAGAUAACGUAAAGAAAACUCAAAAAAAGAAGCGAAGGAAGCAAUGUAAAAGAAAUAUAAGUCUACCAGUAGAAAUAGCAAAUGACAAGACUUUAAUGAAAUAUUGGUUAAAAAGGUAUCGCCUGUUCAGCAAAUUUGAUCAAGGCAUUAAAUUGGAUCACGAGAGUUGGUACUCUGUAACUCCGGAGAAAGUUGCAGAGUAUAUAGCUGAAAGGUGCAGAUGUGAUACUAUCAUCGAUGCAUUUUGUGGCGCAGGUGGAAAUGCCAUUCAGUUUGCUUUUGCGUGUGAAAGAGUACUGGCAAUCGACAUAGAUCCUGCUAAAAUUGAACUUGCUCGAAACAACGCGCGAGUCUAUGGCGUUGAUGACAGAAUAGAAUUUAUUGUUGGAGAUUUUCUUCAACUUGCACCAAAGCUAGUUGCAGAUGUUGUAUUCUUAAGUCCUCCAUGGGGAGGACCUGAGUAUAUUAAGAAUGAAAUUUUUGAUCUCAGUAACAUUAUGCAUCCUAUUGGUGGAAUAAAAAUAUUUGAAAUAGCAAAAAAAAUCACAGAUCAUGUGGCCUACUUUCUACCUAGAAAUGUAGAUACUAUGCAGAUUGCCAUGUUAGCCGGAGUAGGUGGUGGUAUAGAAGUGGAGCAACACUUUCUUGACAAGAAGUUAAUAGCAUUAAUGGCUUAUUAUGGCGAACUGCCCAGAGACUAUUAGUUGUGAUACGAUGUGUAAUUUGUGAGAAGAUCCCGUCGGUUGCUUGAAAAAGAAAAAACGCUUCUCACAUUUCUUGGAUCACUAGCUGUAAAUAAUAACUCGUAUCAAUUUGCUUAGGCUACUCCGAGAGAAGCAGUAUCUUUUAUUUUCACUUAACACCUUCUUACAAAAUGCAUAUAAAAACGACAUCAGUUGUAUACUAUAAUUUACCAAUAUAUUUUUAAAAUCUUUCGAUUGGAUUUUUUGUAUGAAUAAUAUGUUUAUAGAUCAAUCAGUUACUAUUCACGAAAUUUGUACACUUAAGCAAAUUGAUAUAGGAAACUGAAUUUGUGAGAACAUAUUUGUGGAGUUCAACAGUUAAUAUAUGAACACUCUUGGAAAUCCUUAAA